AACAAGAAAACAAACUACGAGAACCAUGAAAAAGUCAAAUGAAUCCAUCAAACUGGAUAUUUUACCAGCUCGGCCGGGAAGAGUCAGUUUGUUUGUUCUCUGACUCCUGUCAUCCUCGAACUCCUCAGUAAAAAGGAAGUGAGACAGGCAGAUGAAAAAACUAGAUUGUGAGUGGUGGUUCUAUCGGAUAGAAGCGGAGCAUGCUAGCAGUUCUUACUGUUGUAGCCGCUACAUAUACACGUAGUUGACGACCUGCCUCAAGUGGUCAAGACUACAAGUACUUAGUUCUGGAUAUUCUGUUAGUGUUGCAAAUAAUUAAAUAUUUAAUUACUGGAGCAGUGAACCAGCCAAGCUCAGGCCGGAAUGAGUUGCAGUUGGCAUUGCGCCGCCCAGGGACGACGCUACUCAGUGGCUACGCUUCUGUCAUUCAGAUAUGGGACUGGAAGGCUUGGCCAAGGUGUGUCAGCCUGCACGUGGACAAGGCCCCUGUCAAAUAAUAAUUUUGUGAUUGGUGGCCACGGCAACAGGAAUUGCGGCAGCAGUGCAAACAGUAGCGGUGUUGGUGAAAUUGUAGCGCGCAGUCAACUUCUAACGCCAGCCGAGAAGAACACGUUCUGGCAGAAUGGGUUUGUUGUGCUGCCAUCGUUCCUCAACAUGUCAGUGGUGGACGAACUGCGGCAUGUUUUCCCUCGCCUUUUCGCUGGUCAGUUCUCGACCGGUAUCUACCCAGACGAGUGGCACUGGCGAGAGGGGAUAAGCUUGCCAAGCGCCUCGCGUGAGAUCUGCAAUGCCUGGAAGGCCGAUCACAGCGUACGCCGCGUUAUCCUCUCGGAGUUGAUUGGGCGCUUGAUCGCCGACCUGAUGAACUGGAGCGAUGGCACUCGUAUUGCACAGGAUGACGUCCUGUGGAAGCCAGCCGGCGGUACCGCAGUCGGCUUUCAUCAAGAUUCGCGCUACAUCAGCGAGCAGUUUGUGCCGUACGAGAACAAUUCAGUGACGCUGUGGAUGGCUCUGGAUGAUGCUGAUAGCGAAAAUGGCUGUGUGGAGUAUGCCUGUGGCUCUCAUAGAUGGGCAAGGCAUGAUUCAAGGAAAGCUGAUAGCGUUGCCCAGGAGGGGUUCCACGCUUCGUCCGAUGCGUACGAUACUCCAGUUCACCGUGCCGCCGAGAAGGCUGGCGUGGACAGAGCGCAGGUGCGUAUAGCUGGCACUGCCGUACCGGCUGGUGGUGCCAUUCUGCACCAUCAGGAUGUGUGGCAUGGCAGCCAGCGUAAUAAGAGCGCGGCCCGUCUGCGCCGAGCACUGGUUGGCCACUACAUUCGGAGCGAUGCACGCUUCCGGGAGUCACCGCACCCGACCUACAUAUAUGGUCGUUAUAAGCUGGCUGACUCCACAGCACUUCACGAUUCAUUCUUUCCGCUAACCUUUAGGCCCCGGUUAUGACAUGAAUGCCUUGAAGACCUUUUACAAAGAUCUAUCUUAUGUGUUAUUUGAAGUAUAUGACUUUUCAUCAACCACCACACCAUAACUGCGCUCUCCAGCCGACCUUGACACGUUGCCGCUGCAUGCCACCAGCAAAGCGACACAUCUGUAUCCAUAUACUUGAAGUAUGUUUAAAUAUAUGAAGGCAUUUUAUUUAUUUCCCCCCCACCUACAACUGCUGGGAUUAUUCUGAGCAGAUUUCUUAUACACUCUUCCUAUCAAGUUUUUACUGGCUUCGAUCCGCCAUGAGGUCAUGUUGCGAUGACCUCCAAUUGUCCCAAUGAAAUGACAUCGAUGUCAGCAUUCCCUAGGUUCGAAAAUAAUCUUGGUGGCUGUGCUGAGCAAGCAUGUUUUUUUACUGAGCUUUUGUACGACUUUACUUUUGCAAUGUCCCCCCUGAUUCAUAGCUGCAUGCAUUGGUCACCGCUUCUGGAGGCUGCUUGUCCUGUUCUUUUGUAUGAAGGAAUUCCUUUCCUCAGUCAACUUGAUUUCAUAUUCUUCAUACGUUAUCCACAAAUUAUAAUUAUCCUCAUAUCAACUUAUCCAAUAUCUACAAUCACAAUCACACCCUCUCUCGCUCAA